AUGAGCUCUCAUCUAUCCUCGUCCAGAGCAUCGAUCGCUGGGUCUGCUGCCUCUCAGACUCCCUGGGUGCUGGAAGGCGUUUUGGUUUUACGGUCGUCUAAGAACUCGCGUUAUCGCGCCUCGAGGAAGAAGGACAGGAGCAGUGCAAGACACCCCCAUGACGGCCAGGAGGAGAAAAGACCUGCUCUUCGAGAGAGGGCGAGUUGGAGGAAUAUCAAAGCGUUAGGAACUGCGUUGGCAUCUCAACCUGUUGCCACUGCGCAAUGGCGACGUUCGAAGCUCAAACUCACUGAAACUCUUCAUCCUUAUUCUCAUUCGACUGCUAUGCUAGCCCUACGUUAUGAAGAUGCUUCAGAUGAAAUAGUACUGUACAUCAAUCAUUGUAAUAGCACUGAUAUAAGGGUCGUGGACCCAUCCUUGUUCGAUCAUCCUAAUUGCAUCGGGAUUUACAACAACUCUUUAAAGAACAACGCGGAGCAUGUAUUCAUUCGCUUCCCUUCGCCCGAAUCUUUUCGUUAUUGGUUCGCACUUUUGCGUGCAUUCGCGAUCCCUGAAGUGUACGGUGCUGGCGCUGCUCCGUCUCCUCAGGGAGGGACAUAUAGAGUGACUCGUAGCGUCGAGAUUGAAAUCCAGCAUGGAAGAAAUAUAGGGACUGGUCUGGUUCAGACGUUAUCCGCUGCACGCAAGGCGAACCCAUCCGAUCUUACAGUUUAUGGAACAGUCGGAUUUGGCGGUGGGGCACAUCCCAGCCCUUUACCCCACCUCAACGUUGGUAACCAGAAGCGGAGUCACGAUCCAUUCCAACCCCCAAGCCUACGGGAGCAGAGUGAAAUAGACACUUCUUCAGGAGCGGACGUCUUUUGCGAGGUUGAACUCGGUGGCGAUGUUUGUGCGAGGUCAUCAACCAGGCGUAGCUCAAGGACAAUGGAAAAAUCUAUUCACGGGGAAACGCCUUGGGCAUGGCACGUCUGGAAUGAAAAAUUCCAUCUCUCAGACCUUCCUCCGUUUUCGGAGUUGAGCUCUAACGAUGGGGAUUCUAUCGAUCAUGGAACCCUGAGAAUUAACGUUUACCGCGCCGCUAAACAAAGGCAGAGCAAUCCCAUGUCGUUCGGAAGUGGGAAUAAGAAGAUGCCCUUUUCAAGUCCUAAUCUCAUGACAUCCCCAUCGUUCAGUCAACAUCUCCUUUCUCCGGCAUCUUCCUCUGCGUCCUUUUCGCCAGACUCUCCAAGCAGCCAAGGGUCUUCGGGUGCCCAGCCGACACCCAUUGGAAGUGUUACCAUCUCCCUACAAACUAUUCGCCGUAAUGAAUGGUGUGAUGGCUACUACCCCGUUAUGUCAACUACACAGUCGGGACCCCCCGGUUCUAACCACGUAGGUGAUCUGAUGCUUAAUAUCAAAUGCCAGGAAGACGUUAUUGUCCCGCUCGAUCGCUACCAGAACCUGAUUCAAUUCCUCCGCACUAACAAUUCCUUCUCUCUUAUUCCAGAUAUAGUAGAACGAACGGAAACUCUUAUUCGACCUGAAACACAAGUUAGAAUGGAUGCAGCCUCCAAGUUUGUGGACCUCUCGCUUGCGGGAGGCUCGUUGAUUGAGGACCUGUGUCAAGCAGUACAGGAGGAGCUCGUAGAGGCAGGACCUCAGAUCCUUUUUAGGAGCGGUAGUCCUUGCGCUGCUGCCUUGCAACAGGCCAUGUUCAGACUCGGAGACUCGUUCCUAAAACUAUCUCUUCGUGCCCCGCUUCGCCGGUUUCUAUCAGAGCCACGGCCCUCUGACGAAUCGGUAGACGAUUUUCCUCAGCUACUGCAGGAUAUCUGGGGUUCUAUUUAUCAGAAUCGACACGAAUGUCCGGACGAUCUUCGCAUUCUUUUUUCUCGCAUUCGGGCGCAAGUAAAUGCUCGGUUUCCAUAUAGCGCACAAUCCGGGCAUGAAAACAUUCCGCUGCAAAGUAUCACAUCCCUCUGUUUUCUGCGUUUUUUUAGCCCUGUGAUCCUGAGUCCAGGAAUGUUUGGCUUGAUCCCAGGCUCGUUGACUCCCCGUAUUGAGAAGAAGCUUAAAGAUGUGAGUCGCGUAAUUCAGGCCACGGCUAACUUCAAGGACCCAUCCAAGAUGGUUAAUUCGGACGAAGCGACACGAAAAUUUAUGAUCGAAAAUACAGGCGCGAUGCGGGAGUAUCUCGAGGUCGUGUCUUCGAUGCCGUCUGGCGGGCUCCCUACUUCAACAGUCCCCUGGGGAAAUCUCCCAGGUAUGAAUCAGCAGGCACUCGAUUCUAAACUCAAGAAACUCCCUGUUCUUCAUCGAGAGUCCAUUCCGUCACACCCGUCCAUGAUCGACUACCCACGUCACCUUGCUUCUCUCUCAAGCACCAUCGUCUCGUUGGCUCGAUGGCCUAGAGGUGUCCGAGACUUGACCUCAAAAGCGCCAACAGGUGUGCUCGCACGUGCUAGAACAGCAGCGGCAGUAGCACCCUCGGACGGCUUCCUCAAAUGUGCAUCGAUUUGCUUCGCUAUUCAAACCGAUACAUUGACAGCUGUCAUGAUGCUCAAUCCUCAGGAAAGCGACGAUGCUGAUUCAUCGGUUUCUCGGCUUGCUGAUUUGUCUAUCGCGUCGGCAUUCACUGGUGCUGGUACAUCACAUACAAGCGCCACUGGUAUGGUGUUCGCCCCGAGGAUCCGCGAUGACGAUGACCCAUUUACAAGGUCACCCGUUUCUUCACAGCCAUUCCCCCUUCUCUCCGAGAGUCCCCAGAUCAUCGCCCUCGAUAUAGCCGGAGAUAAUUGCAGGAUUCGGGGCAAACGUGUCACCGCGGCCCUGGUUGUGUCGCUCAAUUCCCGUUUUGUUUGGCCUUGCCAUCAUUUUACAAUCUACCCAACAUUCCUCAUGAGAGCCAGUAGUUUAUGACGAGGAAGGAUCAAGGGGGCUUCGGGAGGCCACCAUCUCGCCAAGCGAAUAAUUGAUGCGUUAAAAUUUGCGCUUAAGUACAACAAAUAGAUAUGUACUAUAUAAUAAACAUUCAUGACAUUG